AUGGCGGAUAAGAAAGAAGCCGUGCCAUCAAACGCGGAACCCGAACCGGUUCGAGCUGCGCUCAAGAGGUUCAAUGAACCUAUGGCCCGCGAUGUAGUUGGACUUAUUGUUACCGCACAGCCGCCAAAGGAGGUGAAAGUUGAAGUUGACAUCGUUUGUGUCCAUGGCUUAGGCGCGCACCCGCACUGGUCUUGGAUCGGCAAGAAUCAGAAAACUAAAGAGGAAGUCAAUUGGAUCAAAGAUGCAAAUAUGCUACCCGCUGCUAUUCCUAAGGCACGUAUUCUUCGUUAUGGCUACGAUUCGCAAUGGGUUGGCGAAGGAACUGCAAGCAAAAACAGCGUCGAAGCAAGGGCCCACGAUCUUUUACUCAAGCUUGGCAGUGAUGCUGACAGAAAGAUAAACCCGAAGCGGCCACUCAUCUUUAUUUGCCACUGUUAUGGCGGCCUAGUUGUGGAACAGGCCAUCUGCUUAGCAAAGGAAACGGAGGGACAGUAUCCGAAUAUAUUCAAUGCCUGCUAUGGUUUAAUCCUACUGGGAACGCCGCACCAUGGAACAGGCGAUUUUCUCGUCGAGGAGCUCGUAUUGCGCCUGGUCAAUGCAGCUAAGCACAUGGAAUCCGAUACAAUUCAGAUUCUGAAGCCAAACGAUGGAGUGCGCAAACAGCUCUGUGAGAGGUUCCUCCGCAUUGCGAAAGAUACAGAAGCAGUUCGAAGGCGACUGAAGGUCCACUGCUUUUUCGAAACGGUGAGAACGCGUACGUCCGAUGUUAUCAAGGGCAUGGACAGUACCAAUAUGAACAAGGACGAAGUUUGGGAAUUUGUGGUCAGCGAAGAGUCAGCCAGUCUUCCGGAUUAUACCAACCAAUGUAUGGACGUCAAUCACUUUCAACUCAAUAAGUUCACGGGCCCCGACGAUGGCUACUAUAAAAGCGUGAAGGAUGCGCUUAUUCCCAUGGUAGAUAAUGCAAGGUUAUUGAUGGCUGAAGCCACAAUAACACCAAUCGAGCCAACACGCACACUACAAGGGGCUUCCACGACAGCGCCGCCGCCGUUUCCUUGUGAUAAGCACUUUCAAGGACGCAAAGAAAUUCUGGAUCAGCUGGGGAAGAAACUCAAGCGCCAUAACCAGGGCAGAGCCUUCCUUGUUGGUGAAUCAGGCACUGGUAAAACGCAUAUUGCCAUUCAAUAUGCAUACAUGCACCAUGACUUGGAUACAAAUAACGGGUUUACACGCUGGAUUCCAGCGAAAACCUGGAUUGAAUUCAAACGCCAAUAUAUUGAGACUAUUGAGGACAGCUACUCCCUACCCACCGACCCAAAUGCGAGCGAGGAGCAGCUUCUCAUGGCCGCCAAGAUCUAUCUCGAGAACGAAGAAUCUGACAAGUCUUGGUUACUGAUCCUCGAUGGUAUCGAUCACUGGGAGGACGAGGACUUGAAGAGCCUUAAAGAGUACCUGCCCACAAAAGACUGUGUCGAUAUCCUUGUGACCACAAGCAACCUCGCCCUGGCCAAGAAGCUAGCUCGCGAGAGUGAGGAUUUGAUUCUGGGCGUCAACAAAUUCACGAAAGAAGAAUCAUUGUCACUAUUCCGCGCAAUUUCUAAAAACUAUCGCAUUUCCGAUAACGACGUGAGCAAGCUGUGUGAGGCAGUCGACUUUCUUCCUCAAGCUGUGGCGCAGGCCGGCGCCUAUUUCAAAGAUGGACUUCCUGAUGCGCUCAGUCUACCAGACUACAUGAAGAGACUAUCAGAGCUAUCCAUACUCAACAGCUCGAAGAAUCUGGCGACAGCACAGAUUGCGCUCCAGCACAUUCGCAAAUUCAACAUUACUAUCCUAGAAACUGCACGCAUGGCGUCCAUGUACGACAACCACACAAUGCUGAUGACAGUCUUCAAGGAAUACGAAAAGAACGACAUUGUCCGUGGCGAGUUCUUCCAGGUCAUGAAGUAUUUUGGCCUGCUGCAAAAGUGUCGAGCGAGCCUCAGCUUUAAUUGGACGCGGCGGACGCUGGACGCCAUUCAGCUAUUCAUCAAUCCCACUGAGCAGCAACCCGCCACAGAAAUCAUGUUAAAGGCCAUUCCGUUUUUGACCGAGGAGGAGAGGCAUAGCCUAACAUACAUCACACGCUGUAGACGAUGGUUGCCGUAUACGUUGGAUGUGCUGGACACAGAGGGCCGUCUGCUUCAACCUGAAGCUCGAUACGCCAAAACGCACGCCAAGCUCUAUGCAAAGAUAGCUCGUUAUCAUUUAUUCCUUCGAAACUUUGACAAAACGGAGUAUUAUCUGAACCGGUCUCGUGUAUUGACGAAACAACACGAAAUACCUGAGCUACUGGAAGAGCUUGAUGGGCUUGCAGAAAUGAUAAAGAAUGCCCGUUGUAGUCCAAGUGGGAUAAGUGCUGCUGCUUCUGCUGCACCUGCUGCACAGUCGGCGCCAGUCGAGGCAAAGCCUACGAACUUUACACCACCUCCUAUACCGCCGAUACCAGAAACCACCCAACCAGUACCAUCAGAUGUGCCCGGCCAAGAUAAGCCACUUGACGGCUAUAUCCAACGCUCUCGGUCCAUCUUCCACAAGCGAGACGUUGACGAUGUGACAAACAAGCUCAAAACAUUGGUUGGCAACGAGAAUGAUAAGAUACGCGCCCAAGAUGCCCUGGCCUUGAUCUACGCCGGCACGCAGCGCCACAAAUUAGCCGCUGCUCAUUAUCAGCAGACGUAUACGUGGUGCGUGCAGACCCAUGGCGAGGGUAGCUUCCAUACACAUCGCCAAGUCUUCAAGAUGGCGCAGAACGAUGAGCUUCAAGGCAAGCUGGCCCAGGCAGAGCUCAAGUAUCACGAUGCGCACCGUGGCAUUCAAAAGUCUCUCGGCAGUUUCCAUCCGGAAGCUUCACGUAUCUUGUCGGCUCUUGCUGCCCUCUAUGCCAAACAGGGCAAACGGCAUGAGGCCGCGGAGGCCUUUCAGCAGGCCAUGCGCUUGCAGCACCAGGACCCGGGCCCCGAUCACCCGGAUUCGCUGCUGACGGCGCACAACUAUGCUGUAUUCUUGCAGGGCGAGAGCCCCGAGGCCGCGGGAAUGCUGCUGGAAAAGGUGCUGCGGGAGCAGUCCGUCAGUCCAGUACUAGGGUCUGACCAUCCGGAUACUCUCAAGACGGCAAGCAGUCUGUUGCGCAACUACGAAGUUAGAGGAAGACUGACUGACGCGUUGGCGUUGUAUUCUUUGUUGGCACCGAAGCAGAGACAAGUCUUUGGCGAUAAUCAUGCAGAGACAAUGGCUAUAGGCCGUUUGAUGGAUAACCGUGUGUUGUAA